CGUCUCUCGAACUGGUUUCCUCUUCCUUUCAUACCACUUUUUUUUCCCUCUCAAUCCGCCCCUCCGAGCCAGUCUUUGCCGAAUUUGCGUAGGCUUCGGUCAUAUCUUACAUUUCGACCGUGGUUCCGUCAUCGCCGCGCGCGCCCGCCCGCUGAUCAAUCAUUCCCACGGCCGUACCAAAACUUGCGGGUUGUAACGGCCCCUCCUUUUUCCCUCCUUUGCUUACCUACUCUGGGGCGGCGGCCUAAGCGUCCAAGGGGGACUGCUGGCUGGCUGGCUUGGUUGGUUGGUUGGUUGGUUGGCUGGUGUGACCUGUGAGUGGGAGUGCCGUGUUUUCCUUGACCCGGCAUGGAUAGCCCGAUGGAUGGGUCCGGCGGCUCGUCCUCGGCGCCGGGUUCGACGCCGACGGCUACGGCGACGACGCCUCACAGCGGUAGCGGUGUCGGUGUCGGUGUUGCUGCUGCGACCAAGUCGCCUAGCGUUGCGAUGCCGUUGGGCAGUAUUUCUGCGGCGAGCAGUAGUGCCGGUGGUGGUUCAUCUACGACGAGUACGACGGCCUCGGCUUCGGCUUCGGCUUCUGGUGCUGGGGCUGGGAGGGGCAGCACGCCUGGUACUACUACUACUGGUGCUGCUACGGCGAAUACCGGCGCAACUGUUGUUUCGAGGCGGUCGCAUCCCAAGUCGAGGACGGGGUGUAGGACGUGUAAGAAUCGGAAGAUUAAGUGCGACGAACACAAACCCUCAUGCAGGAACUGCAUCAAACACGCCGUCCCCUGCGACUUUCUCCAGUCCCAACGGCACUCCUCCGCCUCAUCACUCCCGCGCUCGCCAGGCAGCAUCCCGACCCUGGGACCUCUCAACGGCGGGGGUCUCGGGGGCGGCAGCCUCGGCCUGGGUAACGGAGGCCGAGGCGGCAUCGGCGACCUCUCCCUCAACCUAAUCGACCUGGAACUCAUGCACAACUUCACAACCUUCGCCUUCAACACGCUCUCGACGGACCCCGUCGUACGGCAGAUGUGGAAGGUGCCCGUCGUCCGGCUGGCGCUCGAGUGCGACUACGUCAUGAGGGCGCUGCUGAGCGUGUCGGCGCUGCACCUCGCGCACAACAGGCCCGAGAGGCGGGAUUUCUUUAUUAGUCGGGCCUUGACGUAUCACCAGAUGGCGAGCCGGACGGCCAUGGGGUUAAUGGGUGCUCUGGGCGGGGAGAAUUGUGAAAAUUUGUAUCUGUUUUCGGUGUUGACCAUCUUUUUCGCCCUCGCCUGCCCACGCAAAUCCUCAGACUCCCUAAUCAUGGGCGAAUCCUCCUUCCCAGACUGGCUCUUCCUCCUCCGCGGCACCCGCUCCCUCCUCAAAGAACUCGACCCGCGCACCUACGCCGGUCCCCUCACACCAAUGUUCAACCACGGCCGCGAGCGCUACAUGCACACGCGCGACGAAUCCAAAAUCCAAUCCGACCUCCUCGCAGACCUCCAACGCCUCGUCAACAAGACCUGCGCCGACGCCGCCUUGCUACCAGUCUACAACCGCGCCAUUGACGAGCUGCGGCGGACGCUGAGCGUGUUUCUGUGGGAUGGUGGGCGGGGGAUGGAUAUCACGGACGCGUUUGUGUGGAAGUAUCUGAUGGCGGAGGAUUUUUUGCCGCUGCUGAAGAGUCCCGGGCAUACGCAGGAGGCUGUUGCGAUUUUUUCGCAUUUUUGUAUUUUGUUGAAGAGGUUGGAGAAUGAGUGGUGGUUGCAGGGGUGGGCUACGCAUUUGAUUUCGAGGGCGUGGGCUGUUCUUGAUCAGGAUCAUCGGCUUUGGAUUCAGUGGCCUAUUGAGGAGCUUGGGUGGGUGCCGCCUUGAUUUUCUAUGUGGUGGAUGAGGU